AUGGGGGGGUUGGGGGUCCGGCUGGUCGAGUUCGACUUCGUCCUCUACUUCAACAUCUACUUGGACACACCCCUGGAGCACUUCCACGACCUCUUGCACUACUACAACUUGCACCGAAGCUACGACAACUAUCACGACUUCGGGAACUACGCCCGGCUCUACUACUAUUACACCAACCACCUCAUGCGGAACGGAAACAGUGAUCAUCGCAACCUGCACCGAAGCUACUACGACGAUUACGACUUCGGGGACUAUGCCCGGUUCUACUACCAUUACGCCAACCACCCCAUGUGGCACUGA